UUCGAAGUUCGAUGAAGUCGAACUCGAUUGCGUUAAUUGUAGUUUUAUAUUUGUUAUUUUGAAUUAAAAGUAAAUGAAAAUAAACCUUAAACAAGGCAUAACUACAUAUUUAACAAUGGCUUCUGCUGCCAAGAAGAUAAAACUCUCCACUCCUUCCUCUAGUGGAGAAAACAAAGCUAAUUUAGCAGAGUUUAUGAACAGUAUUCAGAAAAAGCGGGAAGAUACCGCAGAAUCUAUAUUAAAGUAUAAGUUCAACAAAAAGCGUUUGCGAAUUAUCUCUCACGAGCAAAUGGUACCUGAUAGCUGUGAAGGCAUCGUGUAUUGGAUGUCAAGGGACAGCCGCGUGCAAGAUAAUUGGGCAUUUUUAUUUGCCCAGAAACUGGCCUUGAAGAAUGAGGUACCUCUGCAUGUAUGUUUCUGUUUAAUUGCCAAGUAUUUAGAUGCCUCUGUGCGGCAGUUCCAUUUUCUAAUAAAAGGUUUAGAAAAAGUUGCAGAAGAAUGUAAGAAAUUGAAUAUAUCAUUUCACUUAUUAGAAGGCAGUGGGGCGGACGCCCUGCCUCAGUGGGUCAUCACUCACAAGAUAGGGGCAGUUGUGUGUGAUUUCAACCCACUGCGAGUACCAAUGGGGUGGCUGGAAGGAGUCAAAAAGAAGCUCAAAAAGGAUGUACCGUUGAUACAGGUGGAUGCACACAAUGUAGUGCCAUGUUGGAUUGCAUCAGACAAACAAGAAUAUUCAGCUAGGACCAUCAGGAACAAGAUAAACUCCAAGCUUGACGAGUUUCUUACAGAGUACCCUCCUGUUAUUAAGCAUCCAUAUACAAGCAAGUUUGAACCAGAGCCUAUAGAUUGGGAUGAAGCAAUUGAAUCUCGAGAAGCAGAUAAAUCCGUGGGUCCUAUCGAUUGGGCGGGGCCUGGAUAUGAGGAGGCUAUGAAGACCCUCCAGAGUUUUCUUGAGAAAAGACUCAAGAUAUUUGCAACAAAAAGAAAUGAUCCCACACAGAACGCUUUGAGCAACCUGUCACCUUGGUUUCACUUUGGCCAAAUAUCUGUUCAAAGAGUAGCCCUAUGUGUACAAGCGUUAAAGUCCAAACAAACAGAAAGUGUAAAUGCUUUCCUGGAGGAAGCAAUAGUGAGAAGUGAAUUGGCUGAUAACUUCUGCUUCUAUUGUGAACAUUACGACAGUUUGAAGGGCGCCAGCCAAUGGGCGCAGAAAACACUGGACGAUCAUAGGAAAGACAAGCGAUCCCACAUAUACACACUAGAACAGCUCUGCAAAGCGGAGACACAUGAUGACCUAUGGAACUCGGCGCAAAUCCAGCUGGUGAAGGAGGGCAAGAUGCACGGCUUCCUCAGGAUGUACUGGUGCAAGAAGAUACUCGAGUGGACGCCGAGCCCUGAAGAUGCCCUCAAAUACUCGAUAUAUAUGAAUGACCAUUAUAGCGUGGAUGGCAGGGACUCUAAUGGUUAUACGGGAUGUAUGUGGUCAAUAUGUGGGAUCCACGACCAAGGCUGGGCAGAACGCGCUGUAUUUGGCAAGAUUCGAUACAUGAACUAUGACGGUUGUAAGCGCAAGUUCGACAUUAAGGCAUUCAUCGCGCGCUAUGGCGGGAAAGUGCACAAAUACGUUCCCAAGAAAUAAAAAAGUAAUGUAAGAAUGAGUUGUAUUAAGCACCUUAAUUAAUGUUUGUCCAGUUAAAUCUCUAAUUAUUAAAGUUGUAUAACGAAUGUGAAAAUGUCUAAAAUAGUUCAUCGAAUCACACUUAAAAUUGCUGAUGGGGGAAAUGUUUUUGGUCAAAAUAUUUGAUUUCUGCUCAUUAUAUACUUCUAGUUUUU